GCUUAGGGGUGGAGAGGACGGGCGGGCCGAGGCCGAGGGCUGGAGUGCGCGCGGAGGACAGGGGGCGGAGCCCGAGCCCGAGCCGGAGCAGGAGGCCACGGGCGGCGGCCGCGCUCGGACUUGGGAGCCUGCGCGCUGCCUGCGAUUUGCGCCUGAGGAACCUAGAAAGCUUGUGCAAUGAAUGGUGAUACUCGGGCCGCAGUGGUGACCUCACCACCCCCAACCACAGCCCCUCACAAAGAGAGGUACUUCGACAAGGUGGAUGAGAACAAUCCAGAAUAUUUGCGAGAGAGGAACAUGGCACCAGACCUUCGCCAGGACUUCAAUAUGAUGGAGCAAAAAAAGAGGGUGUCCAUGAUUCUGCAAAGUCCCGCUUUCUGUGAAGAAUUGGAAUCAAUGAUACAGGAACAAUUUAAGAAGGGGAAAAAUCCCACAGGCCUGUUGGCAUUACAGCAGAUUGCAGAUUUUAUGACCAUGAAUGUACCAAAUGUCUACCCAGCAGCUCCACAAGGAGGAAUGGCUGCGUUAAACAUGAGUCUUGGUAUGGUGACUCCUGUGAAUGAUCUUAGAGGAUCUGAUUCAAUUGCCUAUGACAAAGGGGAGAAAUUAUUGCGGUGUAAGUUGGCAGCAUUUUACAGACUAGCAGAUCUCUUUGGAUGGUCUCAGCUGAUCUACAAUCAUAUCACAACCAGAGUGAGCUCCGAGCAGGAACACUUCCUUAUUGUACCGUUUGGACUUCUCUAUAGUGAAGUGACUGCAUCCAGUUUGGUUAAAAUCAAUCUACAAGGAGAAGUAGUAGAUCGUGGGAGUACUAAUCUAGGGGUAAACCAAGCUGGCUUCACAUUACACUCUGCAAUAUAUGCUGCACGCCCAGAUGUGAAGUGUGUUGUGCAUAUUCACACACCAGCAGGGGCUGCGGUCUCUGCGAUGAAAUGUGGCCUCUUGCCAAUCUCCCCUGAGGCACUUUCCCUUGGAGAAGUGGCUUAUCAUGAUUAUCAUGGGAUUCUCAUUGAUGAGGAGGAAAAAGUUUUAAUUCAGAAAAACUUGGGGCCUAAAAGCAAGGUUCUUAUUCUGCGGAAUCAUGGGCUCGUGUCCGUUGGAGAGAGCGUUGAAGAGGCUUUCUAUUACAUCCAUAACCUUGUGGUUGCAUGUGAGAUCCAGGUUCGAACUCUGGCCAGUGCAGGAGGGCCCGACAACUUAGUCCUCCUGGAUCCUGGGAAGUACAAAGCCAAAUCCCGUUCCCCGGGGUCCCCAGCAGGGGAGGGCACCGGAUUGCCUCCCAAGUGGCAGAUUGGUGAGCAGGAGUUUGAAGCCCUCAUGCGGAUGCUUGAUAAUCUGGGCUACAGAACUGGCUACCCUUACCGAUACCCUGCUCUGAGAGAGAAAUCUAAAAAAUACAGCGAUGUGGAGGUUCCUGCUAGUGUCACAGGUUACUCCUUUGCUAGUGACGGUGAUGCGGGCACUGGCUCCCCUCUCAGACACAGUUUUCAGAAGCAGCAGCGAGAGAAGACAAGAUGGCUGAACUCUGGCCGGGGCGACGAUGCUUCUGAGGAAGGGCAGAAUGGAAGCAGUCCCAAGGCGAAGACUAAGGUGUGGACGAACAUUACACACGAUCACGUGAAACCCUUGCUGCAGUCUCUCUCGUCCGGUGUCUGCGUGCCAAGCUGUAUUACCAACUGCUUGUGGACUAAAGAGGAUGGACAUAGAACUUCCACCUCUGCUGUCCCUAACCUGUUUGUUCCAUUGAACACUAACCCAAAAGAGGUCCAGGAGAUGAGGAACAAGAUCCGAGAGCAGAACUUACAGGACAUUAAGACGGCUGGCCCCCAGUCCCAGGUUUUGUCUGGUGUAGUGAUGGACAGGAGCCUCAUCCAGGGGGAGCUGGUGACAGCCUCCAAAGCCAUCAUUGAGAAGGAGUAUCAGCCCCAUGUCAUCGUGAGCACCACGGGCCCCAACCCCUUCAACACGCUCACUGACCGGGAGCUGGAGGAGUACCGCAGGGAGGUGGAGCGGAAGCAGAAGGGCCCUGAAGAGAAUCUGGACGAGACUAGAGAACAGAAAGAACAGAGCCCUCCAGAGCACCCUGCUGCCCCCCACACACCCCCCAGUACCCCUGUCAAGCUUGAGGAAGACCUGCCACAAGAGCCAACUUCCCGAGACGACAGUGAUGCCGCCACCUUCAAGCCAACUCUCCCCGACCUGUCCCCUGAUGAGCCUUCAGAAGCGCCUGGCUUCCCGACAUUGGAGGAGGAGGAGGAAGAGGGGCUUUGUGAGGCCCGUGGGCCUCCAAGCCCCACCAGGUCCCCCACAGUGGCCAGCCCUGAGCCAGCCCCAGCCCAGGCAGCUGAAGAGGCCGCCUCCCCAGCUGCCGAAGAGGGGGCUGCCGUGGACCCUGGCAGUGAUGGGUCUCCAGGCAAGUCCCCAUCCAAAAAGAAGAAGAAAUUCCGCACCCCCUCCUUCCUGAAGAAGAGCAAGAAGAGGAGCGACUCCUGAAGGCCUGUCCUGCACAGACUGACGCCACUGGCCUGUCCCCGAUUGUGUCUCUUGUUCUGUCUUCUUGUGUAAUGGAAUGCAAAAAAGCUCAUCCCUCCACGUAGCUCGAGCUCCCCUCACGGCGUGACCAAACCCCCACGUAGGCCGGUGCUAACUUGUGUGUGCACGCAGUGGCCCUUCUGCCCGGCCCUGCCGUUGGGCCCUCAGCCUUAGAUUCUGGGAGACUUGCUCUCCACGUCCACCUUUGCGUCCUGCCCUGCUGGGACCAGCACCUCGGCUCAUCUCAAUCUGUUCCUUGGUGGCACGCUGUCCCCCGGGGUGUUGUCAUGGUCCUGGCUGGACGGUCUGAGGCUCUGCUGGCUCUGGCCUUGACCUCUCUUGCUCUCCUUCCUGUUGUGAAGUAACCCAUUCUUUGUGUCUGCUAGGCUUCCCUUCACCUCAAGGUCUCAGGUGACUGAAGCGGACUCGUAGCUUCCUGCUGGCAUUAUCUGCUCAGUGAUCUCACUUUGUUCAUAUACACAAAGCCUCGGUCCUGUGAAAACACUCGGGUGCCUGC